GAGCCAUUUCGUCAAACAUCUCUCACGCAUCAAACCCUCUUAAACCCUAUCUGUCCCUUCGUCUUCUUUUCAUCUUUUCUACUAUCUCUUCCCCCAGAUAGCUAUGCAGCAGCCCCCGACUCCCAACGCUGCGCUCCCCCCAAACCCUUUCCCGUCCCCUCCCCCUCUCAAUGCCGGCUCCAGUCCCGGCAGCGUCACCACCACCAAGAAGAGUAAGCGGCGCCAGCCUCCGGGCCCCGAAGAAGUUCUCGCCCACUACGAGUCGCAGGGGCUCAGCCCCCGCGAGGCGUCCCUCCGGGCCAUCCGCGAGCUCCAGGCCAUCCUCUUCAGGUACGCCGCCAAGAAGGAGCGCUUCGCGGCCGACUCCCCCCGCAAGCUCGAUGGCGUCAACACCCGCCUCGCCGUUCUGGAGAUGAAGCUCGACUCCAAGCCCGGCUUCCCUGAGUCGCUCGCCAUCGGGGUCGCCUCUGGCGCUAUCGUCUCAGCUAUCCCUCAUGUCCUCGGCGGGCUCCGUGGCAUAUGGGACUCGGUCUGGUCCGCCACCAAGGGCUCUCCUCCCUCACCGUAACUGCUGCUAUGCCCUUUCUUUUAAUUAAUCCUGUUCUGGUUGGAAUAUUUCUGCAAUUUUAAUUUUACCUUCACUGUUAAAUGUGUCA